UUUAACCUUCCCCCACCAGAUGAUGAGAUAAUCAUGAUUCAUCUUCAAUUAGCAGCUGCACUCCAUUUUGGAGAGAGAGAGAAAAGAAGGGACAUUUAUUCAUUUACAUUCACAAAAACAAAAACAAAAACAAAACAACAUGGGUUAUAUCAUCAGCAGCAUAAUUUACUAGGUGAUGAUGGAUAGCCACUCUCAGAGGUUGUUCCACUCUUGAUGCUUCUUUUGCUUCAUCAGAGACCCAGUGAGCCAGAAAAAUCAUGCUUUGAGAAAAAAACAAAUUUUUCUAUCUCAUUCAUAGUUUUCUUCUCUCUGUGUGAUUGCCAAAAGGACAACUGGGUUUCAUUUCACCUUGUUGUGUGGUGUUGUUGUGAUUAUUGCUCCAUGCUUCUCUUCCACAUCUGGUUUUUCAUCUCUCUUCAAGCUUCAGACAAAAAAAAAUCAAUCUUUUGGACCAUUAGAGAUAAAGGAAAGGUUGGACCAGGACCACUUAGCCUGGUUGGUUGAGAUAUGGGCUGAGUUUCAUGCAAAUUCUUUGUUUUUGCUGGGUCCUGUUGAUGGAUAUUUCAUAAAGCACCAAACUUUUUGAAUUUUGUGGUCAGGGGUUGCUGAGAGAAUUUUCUGGUUUGGCUUAGCUGUUGAAGAUUCAAGGUGGGGUGUGCUUUGGUGGUCCAGUUUAUUGAAUGUUCUGCUGAAGCUGGGAGCUUACCUUGAAUCUUCCAAGGCAAUUUGUGAGUGAAAGUUGGUUAAUUUGGUAAGGAUGUCUGUGAAUAGAAGGCUUUCUGGUUCAAAUGGCAGAUUGCCACCAAGUAUGAAGUCUUGGAAGGCAAAUGAGCCUCUGCAUGGGUCUAAUUCUCAUUGGACAUGGAGGAGGAAGUCUUUGCUCCUUUGGAUUUUUGGCGUUGUUGUUGCUAUAGGGAGUGUGUUGUUUAUCUUGAAUUUCAGUAGUAUGCAUUUGAAGAAAGAAGCAGUUCGUGAAGAGAGAGCACAAGCCUUGCUACAGCGUUACAAUGUCAGUAGGAAGCAGCUUCAUGCUUUGGCUUCCUUAAUUUCUGGAUCAGAUCAGAUUUUGUCCAACUGUAUUGAUGAAAGAAGACUUCAAAUGCUGUUGAGCAGUGGCAUAAUCUCCCCUCAGCUGUUAAUGUGUCCUGAGAAUCAGGAGUUACAAAGGGAGCAUGGAUGUGUUGCAGACAGCUUAGAAUCGAUAGAACAAUGCCCAAUUCUCGAUGAUCUUGUCCAGGCAAGGCUGGAAUUAUCAUUCCCAUUGAUACCACUUGUAAUGAUGGCCUCACUCUCUGCACUUUCUUCCAAUUUGGUCAAUUUUUUUCUCUGUGGAAAGGAUCAUGUGUGCUCAUCUAAUUUAAUUAAAGGAUGCUGCUUGGUCUUUACUGGAAUUUUAAUGUGCUACAAGUUGUCUAGCUUCUGUUUACUAUGGAGGAGUCAAAAGCAGAAGCUAGUUCAGAAGCAUCCAGCUGCUCAACAAAAGCCGCCACAACAUUUUGUGCAGGGUCCUUCAAAGGGUGCUGGGAAGUGGUGGAAAAGGUUGCUUGUUGUAUUUGUAUCACUUGGAAUAGUUGGAUCUGGUUGGUUAUUCUGGCACCUAAACACGGACAUAAUGCAGAGAAGAGUAGAAAUGCUUGCCAAUAUGUGUGAUGAGCGAGCCCGUAUGCUGCAAGAUCAAUUUAAUGUUAGCAUGAACCAUGUUCAUGCUCUGGCGAUUCUUGUGUCUACCUUUCACCAUGGUAAAAAUCCUUCUGCAGUUGAUCAGAAAAUUUUUGGGGAAUAUACAGAGAGCACAGCAUUUGAGAGACCACUUACUAGUGGUGUUGCUUAUGCUUUUAAAGUUCUCCACUCUGAAAGGAUUCAUUUUGAGAACCAGCAUGGGUGGACAAUUAAGAAAAUGGAAUCUGAGAAUGAGGCAUUAGUUCAAGAUUGCAUUCCUGAAAAUUUGGAUCCGGCACCCAUUCAGGAUGAAUAUGCACCCGUGAUAUUUGCUCAAGAAACAGUUUCCCAUAUUGUAUCUAUUGACAUGAUGUCAGGGAAGGAGGACCGUGAGAAUAUUUUGCGAGCAAGAGCCUCUGGAAAAGGGGUUUUGACAUCCCCUUUUAAACUACUAAAGUCCAAUCACUUGGGUGUUGUACUUACAUUUGCUGUCUAUAACUCUAAACUUCCUCCAGAUGCAACAGUGGAGCAGCGUGUUGAAGCUACUGUGGGGUAUCUGGGUGCAUCUUAUGAUAUUCCAUCACUGGUGGACAAGCUUCUCCACCAACUUGCUAGCAAGCAAACCAUUGUUGUAAAUGUUUAUGACACAACUAAUGCAUCUUCACCUAUUGCAAUGUAUGGUACUGAUGUUGCUGAUACUGGCCUGCUAAAAAUAAGAAGUAUAGAUUUUGGGGAUCCACUACGAAAACAUGAAAUGCACUGCAGGUUCAAGCAAAGGCCUCCACACCCUUGGACGGCAACCAAUGCAUCUGUGGGGGUCUUUGUUAUUACUCUGCUUCUGGGUUAUAUUUUUUAUGCAGCAAUAAAUCGAAUAGCAGAAGUGGAGGAUGACUAUCGGCAAAUGAGAAAGUUGAAAGUUCGUGCUGAAGCUGCAGAAGUGGCAAAAUCCCAGUUUCUUGCGACAGUUUCACACGAGAUCAGGACUCCAACGACUGGUGUUUUAGGUAUGCUGCAAAUGUUGAUGGACACUGACCUUGAUGAAAACCAGAUGGAUUGUGCUCAAACUGCCCACAUGAGUGGUAAAGAUCUUAUAUCAGUCAUAAAUGAGGUUCUUGAUCAGGCUAAGAUUGAGGCAAACAAGCUUGAACUUGAAGUUGUAUCUUUUGAUCCACGUGCUAUUCUAGAUGAAGUUUUAUCGAUUUUCUCUGAAAAAUCUAAUGAAAAAGGAAUUGAGUUGGCUGUUUAUGCAUCUAACCUAGUACCCGAAGUUGUCACUGGCGAUCCUAAACGAUUCCGGCAAAUAAUUACCAAUCUUGUUGGCAAUUCACUUAAGUUCACUCAUGAUAAAGGACAUGUUUUUGUCUCGAUUCAUCUAGCGAACGAAGUGAAGAAUCCACUUCAUAUUAUGGAUGCAGUGCUGAGAGAAGGCGUAAACUUGAAUCAGGACUUAUCAGACAAAACAUAUAAUACAUUAAGUGGAUUUCCUGUAGGCAACAGAUGGAAAAGCUGGGCAACUUUUAGAAAGUUAAAUAGCCUAAAUUUGAUGGAUGAGCCUGAAAUGAUUCAACUACUAGUAACAGUUGAGGACACAGGUAUAGGGAUUCCUACAGAUGUACAAAGCCGCAUAUUCACACCUUUUAUGCAGGCUGAUAGUUCCACUUCCCGAACAUAUGGUGGAACUGGUAUUGGACUGAGCAUUAGUAAAUGUCUGGUUGAUCUCAUGGGAGGAGAAAUUGGAUUUGUGAGUGAACCUGGAAUUGGAAGUACUUUUUCAUUUACUGGACAUUUCAGGAAAGGAGAAGCCACAUCUUUGGAUGCAAAGUGGUGGAAGUACAAUCUUUUUGCCUCGGAGUUCCAAGGAUUAAAAGCAUUAGUUAUAGAUAGAAGAAAAAUCCGAGGUGAGGUCACCAGAUAUCAUUUGCAGAGGUUGGGGAUUUCUGUGGAUGUAUCUUUCAGUCUUAAAUCUGCAUGCACUUGUCUAUCCAAUACCUGCAACACGAGUAUUUCGAUGCAGGUGGCCAUGAUUCUUAUAGACAAGGAUUCUUGGGAUAAGGAAAGUAGUAUCUUAUACACUAUCAAGAAACACAGAGAGAAUGGCACCAAAGGGGAUCCAGCAAGCUUCCCAAAGAUUUUUCUCCUGGCCACCCACCUUAGUUCCAGUGAACGUGAUGAGCUCAAGUCAGCUGGUAUCAUAGAUGAUAUACUGAUGAAGCCUCUCUGGCCAAGUGUUUUGAUUCACUACUACAGAGAAUCCCUCGGAACUCGAAAGAAGCAAAUAAAUAGGAAGAGAGUGUCCAAACUAGGAAGUUUAUUAUCAGACAAACAAAUUUUGGUAGUUGAUGAUAAUGCAGUGAACAGAAAAGUUGCAGAAGGUGUUCUUCAGAAAUAUGGGGUAAUAGUUACCUGUGUGGAGAGUGGAAGGGCUGCUCUGAAGAUGCUUAAUCCACCUCAUAGUUUUGAUGCUUGUUUCAUGGAUCUCCAUAUGCCAGAAAUGAAUGGUUUUGAAGUGACAGCGCAAAUCCGCUGUCUGGAGAGUGAUGUAAAUGAGAAAAUUGCACAUGGGCAAGCAUCAGCAGAGAUGUAUGGUAACAUCUCCCAUUGGCACACACCAAUACUAGCAAUGACAGCUGAUGUAACCCAGGCUUCAAGUGAAGAGUGGAGAGAGUGCGGGAUGGAUGGCUACGUGUCAAAGCCAUUCGACGAAGAGCAGCUCUAUACAGUAAUGGCACAAUUCUUCGAAGUACCAUGUUUAUAACAAUUGUCAGUGCAGGCACCCUGAUCACAAGUGUUGACUGACCUGUAUUGUGAUGUCUAAUACGCAUUCAAUCAACAACGUAUGCUAAGUGUCAGUUUUCCGUCGAAAGAGCUAGAAAAUGAUUACUAGUUGGUUUGUAUAUGCGUUCUCAGCUCAAAUACGCACGUUUUUCAGGGAGCAAGACAUUGGUAGCUUCCGGAAAAAACGCGGGUUCAGGGAAACUGCAUGCUCUAACAAACGUACACUAAUUCUGGCUAUAUUAGCUACACAGAUAGUGUAAUAGUUGGAAUGCCCUGGCUGGCGUGGUUCUAUAUGAGACCUGCAUGCAAGCAUCAAAGCUACCAAUUCAGCAUAAUGGAUCUCAGCUAUGGCCUUGUUUAGUUAUAGAAACUGAUUACUGAGUGCAAUGAAGUUCCAAUAUUAUAUUUUAGGGGGAGGGGACAAUAUUGCUUGGACCGGUGUCAUCUAUGCUCACUCAUUGCAGGAGAAGAGGAGGUCGAAUGAUGGCAUAAUUGCAUUUGUGUACAUAACCUGUUUUUUGUUCUUGUUUUUCAUUUCUUAUUUUUAUUUGUAUAUAUUCAAUUAUUCAUUUGGAGCAAGUAAGAUAAGUUAAAAUGUUAAUAGUUUAGAAGUCAUCUGUUCAUUUUUUUGAGGGGCUAAGAUGGAAAAACUCACAGAUCUUGGAACCCUCAGAAAUUUGUAAGGGAACAUGUUAAGCAAAAUUAUUACAUAAUGUAGAAUGGGAUUUGUACCAA